GCGUGUCUCCCGAAAGCAGGGUGUGGCCAGUGGUCCUGAUGAUCAGCCCGGUGGCCAGUCGCUGGUCCUUGACAGCUUGGCGUUAAGCCCGCACUGUCCACUGUAUGCGACGAACAGGUGGAGGGUGGACGACACAGAGAAAGCUCGGAGCCAGCUACGGAGGUUCCCGCAGCCUCGUUGCUGUCAGCGGUCGAGCCACACCCCUCCCGGCCGCACUUCCUCUCUCAGUCCCCGUUGCCAGAGAGCCCCGCUAGGCUCGGUGAUCCUGGCCUGAAGUCUGCCGCUGCUACGCAUUGGCUUCAGCCUGAGGGAACGCAUCGGAUCCCCUGGAACUGGAGUUACAGAGGGUUGUGAGCCACCAUGCAGGGCUGGGCCUUGAACCCUGACUCUUUGGAAAGGUCCCAGCCAGGCCUACCACACUGCGGCAUGAGAGAGAGAGGGGAACCUUAAGAUCUCCAUCUCCACAGAAGUUUCAUCUGUAAGGAGUAAGGAGCAUCCUCCUCUCUCAGGAUGACUUCAGCCUCCAGCCCCCCAGCCUUUAGGCUGGAGACGGCUGAUGGAGAUGAAGAGGGCAGUGCUGAGGUGAACAAAGGGAGGACUGAGCCACCCCCCAUGGAGUCGCCAUUCCAGGACGAGGACCGGAAUUUCUCCCCUCAGAUCAGAGUGAAUCUCAACUACCGAAAGGGGCUGGGUCCCAGCCAGCAGGACCCAAAUCGCUUUGACCGUGACCGACUCUUCAGUGUGGUCUCCCGGGGUGUCCCUGAGGAGCUGGCUGGACUGCUAGAAUACCUGCGCCGGACCAGCAAGUACCUCACUGACUCGGCAUACACAGAAGGCUCCACUGGAAAGACGUGUCUGAUGAAGGCCGUGCUGAACCUUCAGGACGGAGUCAAUGCCUGCAUCCUGCCGCUGCUGCAGAUUGACAGGGAUUCCGGCAACCCUCAGCCCCUUGUCAAUGCCCAGUGCACCGAUGAGUUCUACCGAGGCCACAGUGCGCUGCACAUUGCCAUUGAGAAGAGAAGCCUGCAGUGUGUGAGGCUGCUGGUUGAGAAUGGAGCUAAUGUUCACAUCCGAGCCUGUGGCCGCUUCUUCCAAAAGCACCAAGGAACUUGUUUCUAUUUUGGAGAGCUGCCUCUUUCUCUGGCUGCAUGCACCAAGCAGUGGGAUGUGGUGACCUACCUCCUGGAGAACCCUCACCAGCCUGCCAGCCUGGAGGCCACUGACUCCCUGGGCAACACAGUCCUGCAUGCUCUGGUAAUGAUUGCAGACAACUCGCCGGAGAACAGUGCACUGGUGAUCCACAUGUACGAUGGCCUUCUCCAAAUGGGGGCCCGCCUCUGCCCCACUGUGCAGCUGGAGGAGAUCUGCAACCAUCAAGGCCUCACACCCCUGAAGUUGGCCGCCAAGGAAGGGAAAAUCGAGAUUUUCAGGCACAUCCUGCAGCGGGAAUUCUCCGGACAGUAUCAGCCCCUUUCCCGAAAGUUCACUGAGUGGUGCUACGGUCCUGUCCGGGUGUCACUGUAUGACCUGUCCUCUGUGGACAGUUGGGAGAAGAACUCGGUGCUGGAAAUCAUCGCUUUUCAUUGCAAGAGCCCGCACCGGCACCGCAUGGUGGUUUUAGAGCCACUGAACAAGCUUCUGCAGGAGAAGUGGGAUCGGCUCAUCCCGAGAUUCUUCUUCAACUUCGCCUGCUACUUGGUCUACAUGCUCAUCUUCACCAUAGUUGCCUACCACCAGCCUUCCCUGAAGCAGCCAGCCAUCCCAUCAAAAGCGACUUUCGGGGAGUCCAUGCUGCUGCUGGGACACAUUCUGAUCCUGCUUGGAGGUAUUUACCUCUUACUGGGCCAGCUGUGGUACUUUUGGCGGCGGCGCCUGUUCAUCUGGAUCUCAUUCAUGGACAGCUACUUUGAAAUCCUCUUCCUUCUUCAGGCUCUGCUCACAGUGCUGUCGCAGGUGCUGCGCUUCAUGGAGACUGAAUGGUACCUCCCCCUGUUAGUGUCGUCCCUGGUGCUGGGCUGGUUGAACCUGCUUUAUUAUACACGUGGCUUUCAGCACACAGGCAUCUACAGCGUCAUGAUCCAGAAGGUCAUCCUGCGAGACCUGCUCCGCUUCCUGCUGGUCUACCUAGUCUUCCUUUUCGGCUUUGCUGUAGCCCUAGUAAGCUUGAGCCGGGAACCCCGAAGUCCCAAAGCCCCGGAAGAUAACAACACCACAGUGACGGAAAAGCCCAUGCCGGGCCAGGAGGAGGAGUCAAUCCCGUAUGGGGGCAUUCUGGAUGCCUCCCUAGAGCUGUUCAAGUUCACCAUCGGCAUGGGCGAGCUGGCUUUCCAGGAACAGCUGCGCUUUCGCGGAGUGGUGCUGCUGUUGCUGCUGGCCUACGUCCUUCUCACCUAUGUCCUGCUGCUCAACAUGCUCAUUGCCCUCAUGAGCGAGACCGUCAACAGCGUUGCUACCGACAGCUGGAGCAUCUGGAAGUUGCAGAAAGCCAUCUCCGUCUUGGAGAUGGAGAAUGGUUACUGGUGGUGCAGGAGGAAGAGGCAUCGCGCAGGGAGGCUGCUGAAAGUCGGUACCAGGGGGGGCGGCAUCCCUGAUGAGCGCUGGUGCUUCAGGGUGGAGGAAGUAAACUGGGCUGCUUGGGAGAAGACGCUUCCCACCUUAUCUGAGGAUCCGUCUGGGGCUGGCAUCACCGGUUAUGAGAAGAACCCAACCUCUAAACCUGGGAAGAACAGUGCCUCAGAGGAAGACCAUCUGCCCCUCCAGGUCCUUCAGUCCCACUGAUGGCCCAGAUGCAGCAGCAGGCUGGCAGGAUAGAGAAGGGAAUCUUUCCAGCCACACCAGAGGCUACUGAAUUUGGGUGGAAAUAUAAUUAUUUUUUUGCAUAACCAAGCCUUCUAGAAGUAUUAUUUUAAAAAGUUACUGGAAUGUUACAUCUGGUAGGAUUUGCAUGUGUCUCUAAGAGUUAACCUGGGUCAGGGGCUAGUCUGCUCAGAAACCCUCAACAGCCACACCUCAUUCUACUCCUGUCCUUUUCCACAAGGCAAAUGAAGCUACUGCCCCACCUCUAGGAUUACAGUCCCCUCCUGGAAGCUCUGGGUCAUUGCUUUCACCCACCUGGGCUUCAGCCUCCUACUUCUCCUUACUGCUUUUUGCAGGAAAGCCAGAGGACCUUCUUGACAUAAGGUUGUUUUUUUUUUUUUUCUCAUGAGUUUCAGACCCACCCCUCCUUGUACUCCUUUUGUUUUCAGGGGAGUUUGAUGGAAAGUCCUUAGUACUUUUUCUUAAUUAUUCAUGAAGCCUGAAGGGCCUUGUAUUUGACUCUGUGACUGGGUGUUUGCUAGAUGUUUCUGCAACUUGAAACUCUAGGAAGGGGGAGGGCAGGGGAGAGGUGCACCUCCCUUAAAGAUUCAAGGCCAAAUGACUCAAGACUGAAAUUAGCUUUUAAACCAGGCCUAAAUUAGUCCCUUUGAAGCCAUCCAUACCCCUCGCCCCCUGAGUUAACAUCCUUGUGACUGUGAAAACCUUACACUGCUAUUCUUAGUAGACCACUAGUUUCCACAAAUCCAAAAGCUAAAAAAAAACGUCACUGGGUAGCACCUAAAACCUACAACAGAGUCCCCCUCUUUACUGUAACUUGCCAAUUGAGAUCCCCACCAAAUGACUUUCCUUGUUCUGUAACAAGCUGGGCAGUGGUGGUGGCACAUGCUUGUAAUCCCAGCAGUCGAGAGGCAGAGGCAGGCAGAUGUCCAGAUUCACAGUCAACCUGGUUUACAGAGCAAGUUUCCAGGACAAUCAGUGCUAUAGAGAGACCCUGUCUUGAAAAUAGCACUUAACCAAACCAAACCAAAACCCAAGACACUUUCAAUGUAGAACAUGGUAUUUGGGGAGACAUGGAUCUAUGUUUCUGGCCAUGGGCAAUCAUAUUUGGCACCAAAAGAAACUAUCUUAUUCCCUUUAAGGAUGUUUUGGCCUGGACUUCCCUCCCUCCAUUAAAAUCCUGUCUAUUCCUGGGACCACCUAGAUUGCAGUCUCAUGACCACCUGUCUAGUUCUGUCAAAAUGAGUUGCCUCCUUAGCACAUUUGCGUACAAAGUGCACACAAGCACUGAUGUGUGUGUUGCUGGGUAGAACCCAGCAUAUCAUAUUGCACUAGCUCAAUUAGCUUUGUAUUGAGGUAUUUUGAGACAGGAUUUCAUUCUAUAGGCCAGGUUGGUCUUGAACUCACAAGAACCCUACUCUAGUCUUCUGAGUGCUAGGAUUACAGGUUCACAUAUUCCUGGCUGACCUCCUAGCUGAAGAUGACCUUGAACUUCAGAUUUUGCUGACUCUACAUACCCUGAGUUUGGGAUUUUGCCACAAUGCCCAGAUUAUGAGGUGCUGGGGAUGGAGUUCGGAAUUUCAUGUUUGCCAGGGAAAUACUGCAUCACCAACCCUUAAGAAACUCGAUCAUGCUCAUAUACUGAAGGGAUAGCACCAGCAGUUUUCUAUUACCUUUGAGAUCAGACGCAAGUCUCACCAGUCAGAAGUGGAAAAAACAGGGGACAAUGGAAAUGGAUCAAGAGCUCUUGAUUCUAUAGCACUCUAAGGAAUGUGAUGAGGGCCAUCUGCAUAGGGUCUUGAGAGGUUCUGUGGAUGUGUUGAAAAAGUAAUGGGGUGCAGAACGGUCCCAAUUAUUACACUUUGCAACAGCGUUUGUCUUUGAACACGGUUUUGGGUGUGUUGGCUCAGUUGAGCAAAUGUUUUACCCUCCACUCCCAGGUCCUGAGGAUUAAACCAGUGUUUACGCAGCAGGCUAGAUUAUACUGGCCCGCUUUUUUUUUUUUUUUAAUUUUUAAUUUAAAAUUUAGAGAUAGGGGCUUACUAAAUUGCCCACGCGGGACUCGUAUUCCUAACUCGGUUUCCUAAUCGAUUACGACUCCAAGCCUGCACUGACAGGUCUGAUAACACGUUCGCAAACGCUACACGCCUUUACAAAGGACUGAGAAGUCGCGGAAGACCACAAGGACGGAAAACAGCAGAAAGGAAGCCGAUUCCGCGCUUAAACCACCACGCAGGCGCGCUGGAACUCGCUGCGCUCUUCGCUACCCAGAAUUCCCGGGGAGGUGGAGACCACUCGCUCAACAGAACGGGGGAGACCUGGGUAGCGGGGCGGGGCCCUCAUAGGUGCGCUGGAAGUUCCCGUGAGCCUUUGCCGCCCUCACCACCCUUGCGUAAGGAGUGGUCUAUUCCGAGCCCUUAAGAGCAGGCGCUCACGCGCCCUUCUUUCUCUGCGGCCGACAUGGGGUGUCGUUCUUUUCAUACAUGGGCCUGCUGCCUUCGCCGUGGCCUGCUGUUGGCGGGCCGGAGCGAUGCUGAACCCAGGCCCAGCCUCUCAGCUCCUCCGUGGGCGCUGCACAGAUCUAGGGGAGCCUGACGGAACGUUGGCAACGUGGAAUAGGAGCAGUAUCCCACCAUGAGGUUGGAUUUAGAGUGGAAGAUGGCCAGCAGCUGUGGCCUCCCAUGAGGGUGUCUCCCUUCAAGCUCUGAGAACUGACUGCAGAACUGUAGAUUGUUGGAAGCAGUAGAGGAGGUUAUAUUCCCAGAGGAGUCUCCAGCCAUCCUGAAAGAAAAGUAUCCCAAGUAAUCCUGUCUGCCACAGGAUCUUUUGCACCUUUUAAUAAACUUGUUUAUAAAGCUGA